AUGGUAACAGAUCUAAAACUUCCUCUUGGGUCACGAUGCAUCAAAUACCUGUUGUUUAUAUUCAAUUUUCUUUUUGUUAUAAGUGGAAUAAUUCUUUUAUCAGUAGGAGCGACAAUCCGUACUGUUUACAGUAAUUACAAUCACUUCUUGGAUGAUAAAUUUUUCUCUGUACCAUCGCUUUUAAUCGUCAUAGGAAGUAUCAUUUUCUUCAUUGCAUUUUUCGGGUGCUGUGGAGCUGUAAGAGAGAAUUAUUGUAUGAUUGUUACGUUUUGCGCGUUGAUGGUACUUGUCUUCAUUCUGGAGCUGUCUGGUGGAAUUUCCGGCUAUGUUCUCCGAAAUAACGCAGCUCAGAUGAUUGAAGCCAAAAUGAAAGAUAAUAUGGAAAAAUAUAAAAAUAAUGAGACUGAAAUCAAAAUGAUUUGGGAUGACAUGCAGACGAACUUUGAGUGCUGUGGCGCUAAAGGACCAGAUGACUGGUUAGAACAUAAUGGAUCCUUGCCAAUAAGUUGCUGUCCAAUUCCUCCUGGACAAAUGGCCCAGUUCAAUUGCAAUAACCAAACGAAAGAUGUCUACCGUACUGGAUGUGUGAAUAAAUUUGGUUCUUAUGUCAAAGACCAUGCGAUUCAACUCGGCGGAGCUGGUUUGGGUAUCGCGUUUGUUCAGCUUACAGGUGUGAUGAUAAUUUCCGUGGGUAUGACGAUAUACACAGUCUAUGAUGAUUUCAGGAAUUUUUUAGAUCCCAGAUAUUCUUCUCCAGCAAUGAUUCUAAUCUUUGUAGGAGUUUCAUUAUCAGUCGUCCUGGUUCUUGAAAUUUCGGCAGCAAUUGCAGCAUAUGCUCUUCGAGGUAGCAUAAAAAGCUUAUUAGCAGAGAAUAUUAAUUUACAAAUGCAAUUGUAUAAAACAUCCGAUGAAGCAGCGGCUGCUAUUGAUUUUCUGCAAUCACGAUUGCAAUGUUGCGGAAAUUACGAUAAAUCUGAUUGGGAAGAAAUAAAUUUAAUGGACAGCAGAGCCAGUGUUUAUCCGGACUCAUGUUUCUCGUGGAUAUCAAGCAUCUACAAUCCGAGAUUCAACAAUGUUCUGUAUGAAGAUGGUUGCAUUCAGCGUCUUUCAAUGAUUAUCAAUCAGAGCGCAAUUAGUCUCGGCACUGGAGCGUUUGCAAUCGUUCUUAUCCAAGUAAUUUACGGGAGUGAUGUUUGCUUGCACUCUGGGACGCGCAAUUAGGAGACAAAAAACAGAGAGGGAGAGACGUCGUUGGGAACUGAGGGAAAAAUUGAUAAACGGUUAUCAGCCUUUGGGAAAAGUUGAUUCCUUUGUUGCAUCUCCAGUUAUUGACUUGCAGGCGGAACCAGUUAAAUAUGCCGAGAGCUAA